AUGAAGUCCUUCUUUGGGAGUUUGGUAUAUUGCCUGUCUCUUCUGCUGGUGGAGCCCUCUCAAUCCUACGAUCUUCAAAGUCCAUCCUACAUUUUAGCCCAAAGUUACGCACAAAGAAGAAAUAAUGCCUUUCCAUACAGGACACUGAGCCCAGCAGCAACAGACUCCCAGUGUAGGAGCCGCCCAUUGGACCUGGUCUUCAUCAUUGACAGCUCACGUAGUGUACGUCCAGGUGAGUUUGAGAAGGUCAAGAUCUUCCUGGCUGACAUGGUAGACACUCUUGAUGUCGGUCCCGAUGCAACACGUGUUGCUGUGGUGAACUAUGCCAGCACGGUCAAAAUUGAGUUCCUGCUGAAACACCAUCUUACAAAGGACACUAUAAAGCAAGCCAUCAACCGCAUUGAGCCCUUGGCAGAAGGCACUAUGACUGGCCUGGCCAUCAAGAAAGCCAUGGAUGAAGCCUUCACUGAAAAGUCGGGAGCACGGCCAAAAUCAAAGAACAUCUCCAAAGUUGCCAUAAUUGUCACCGAUGGACGUCCUCAGGACCAAGUAGAGGAGGUGUCAGCUGCAGCUCGGGCUUCAGGGAUUGAAAUAUAUGCGGUUGGAGUGGACAGGGCUGACAUGCGGUCAUUAAAGCUCAUGGCCAGCAAUCCACUUGAGGACCAUGUGUUCUACGUGGAGACCUAUGGAUUGAUCGAGAAGCUCACCUCGAAGUUCCGGGAGACGUUGUGUGAUAUGAAUGCCUGUGAAAUAGGACACAGCUGUCAACACAUUUGUGUGAGCAAUGGUAACUCCUAUUACUGCAAAUGUCACUUGGGCUUUGUCUUAAAUGAGGACAAGAAAACGUGCUCCAUUAGAGGUGCUGGUGCUUACGGCCAUGGUAACAGUGUACGCAAGGGUAACCUCAACAGUAACCAUGGUGGCAACGAAGAUGGUAAAGGUACUUCUAGUGUGGAUGCCUGUGUGUUGGGCCAUGAUUGCCAACACACUUGUGUAACCAGUGGUUCUUCCUAUUACUGCACAUGUCCCCCUGGCUUUGUCUUGAUGCUGGACAAGAGAUCAUGCUUCAAAGCCACUGAUGAUGAUGAUAGUGCCAGUUUGGACCACUGUGCACUGGGUCAUGAUUGCGAACACAUUUGCAUCAACGAUGACUCUUCAUAUCACUGUGAGUGCCAGCGUGGUUUUACAUUGCAGCAAGACAAGAAAACAUGUUCUAAAACAAAGGUAAAAGUGGAGGUAGUUCAGGACCCCUGCAUGUGUGAGGCCCGACUGGCUUUCCAGAGGAAGACGCUAGCCUCCAUCCAGGAACUCAGCGCCAAACUUGUUGCUCUCAUAAGAAAGGUUGAGCAAAUGGAAAACAUGCUAGGACGCAUGUAAUGGUGCAAUUCUUGGUAAGUGUUGACACUCUGGCACAGUGUGUAAUGAUUAAAUACAUUAAAAACACAUGAGGUCUGAGUGAUUUUUUUUUUUUUUCUGUUCAUCAGGGUCAACAUUUUCUGUGAGCUUACAGCAAUCACACUAUGGCUAUGAGGCACUGAACAACAGGACAGCUU